GAGGAAUUAAGUUCCCCCAAACACUUCAAAAAAACAUUCUCCACACUUAUGGAGUUAGAGCGGGUCGAUGCCACCGCCACCACACGCUCCGAGCGCUCCAAAUGGCUCCUCGGCUCACCCGACCCACCGUCCCCCUGGAGUCAGCUUUUCACCUCAGUGAAGAAGACCGUUUUGCCCCCGGCGGAGUCAAAGCAGCCCAAGCCCACCCGCGCCCUCAUCUUCCUUCACGGACUCUUCCCAAUCCUCAAGUGGGGAAAAACCUACAAGUUCGCCAAAUUCAAGAGUGACUUGCUGGCCGGCCUCACUCUUGCCAGCCUCUCCAUUCCUCAGAGCAUUGGGUACGCUAAUCUAGCGAAACUCGAUCCUCAGUACGGCCUUUACACGAGUGUAGUACCGCCGCUGAUAUACGCUUUGAUGGGGAGCUCGAGAGAGAUUGCCAUAGGCCCAGUGGCCGUGGUCUCGCUGCUGCUCUCAGCCAUGGUUUCGAGGCUCGUCGACCCUUCAGUGGACCCCACGGCCUACCGUCGAGUUGUGUUCACCGUCACUUUCUUUGCCGGCACUUUUCAGGCGCUGUUCGGAUUGUUCAGAUUGGGGUUUCUGGUGGAUUUUCUGUCGCAUGCGGCGGUAAUUGGGUUCAUGGGUGGGGCGGCCAUUGUGAUUGGGCUUCAGCAGCUGAAGGGUUUGCUUGGGAUUACACAUUUUACUUCCAAAACCGAUGUGGUAUCUGUGCUGUCUGCCGUGGUUGAGGCGCUUCGACAUCAGGGUCAGAAGAAGAAGAAGUUGUUCUGGGUGCCAGCCAUGGCCCCUCUUUUGUCAGUCAUAUUGUCCACUUCAAUAGUGUACCUCAGCAAAGGUGAUAGUCAUGGCAUCAAAAUUGUGAAACACUUCAAAGGAGGGCUAAAUCCAAGUUCACUUCAUCAGUUAGAGUUUGGAGGUCCUCAUCUUGGGCCAUCAGCCAAAAUUGGAUUGAUAUGUGCACUCAUAGCCCUCACUGAAGCCAUUGCUGUUGGAAGAUCAUUUGCAUCCAUAAAAGGAUAUCAUUUGGAUGGAAAUAAAGAAAUGGUUGCCAUGGGAUUUAUGAACGUUGUUGGCUCUUUAACCUCUUGCUACACAGCUACUGGCUCAUUCUCAAGAACUGCAGUUAAUUAUAGCGCGGGCUGUGAGACAGUAAUAUCAAACAUUGUGAUGGCAAUAACGGUCCUAAUAUGCCUACUCUUUUUCACCAAGCUUUUUUACUACACACCACUUGCUAUCCUUGCCUCCAUUAUCUUGUCUGCCUUGCCUGGACUCAUAGACCUAAACGAAGCCUACAAGGUAUGGAAAGUCGACAAGCUCGACUUUUUGGUCUGUUUAGGUGCCUUCUUCGGAGUUCUGUUUGGUUCGGUCGAAAUCGGCUUGCUAGUUGCGGUAAGAUUCCAUUCGAGCUUUUCUUUCUGCGUCUUAAAUCCAAUUUCUUAUCGUUAUAUACAUAUUUGCGAAAUGUGCCAUCUUUGAAGUUGUUAAGUUUGAACAAAUAAAUUGAUUUCAUGAGCACCUAAAAUUGAGGUUCUGAGGCUUAUAAGAUAUGCCUAUUUUCCUGAUUUAAUUAUGGUGGGACACUUCACAAGUGAUAUUUCAAUAUAUCCUCUCUCUCACUUGUGAAUCUUUUUUUAACCUUUUUAGGUCAGACUUUGUUAGGUCAUCGGUUAGAUUUAUAUAUUAAGGGGAAGUGGUGCGGAACCAUAGAAGGUGAAGUGCACCUUCAGAAGGCGAGCCUAGUUGCUACUUAAGUGAAAUUCAAUCUUAAAACCAAUUGGAGAGAAAAAGUAACUGGGGACUUAUAAGCUAAUUGAUCAGAUUUUCAGUUCCAUUUUCAUAUUUCAUCUCAUAUUUUAUUCUGUUGGAUGUAUGACAUUAUUUCAAUAUGAUAUCACAAUAGACAUGUCUCAUACAACAUCCAAUGGAACGAGACAACUUGCUUAGGACACUCUAUUAUUGGUAGGUCUUCAAAAUAGUUGACUUACUUAAAAUGGUGUCUUGUUAAUGUUCUGUUCACUAUAUGCACACUGUUU